CACAUCACGCAUCAACUUUAGUAUCAACACUGGUAUCAACCACAAGCAAUCAACACUGCCUCCUAUCAUGACUGCUGCUGUUGCCGAAGUCACGAACGUGUACCAUCGUCCGGACGGGAUCCGUUCCGCCUCCACGACGCGUUCCGAUUCCCACGGCGACGCAACGGAGCACCAGCACGAGAACGUCGUGUACAGUCCGGAGCUCUUGUCCGUCUACUACGCUCGUCUCUUCCCGUACUCUCUGUUGCACACGUGGCUUUCCUACGGCACCCGCGACCCCACCGUCUUUGCGCACCGCGAGUUCUCCUUCACCAUCGAGCCCGUGCCGGGCGAAGAAAUCUACCUUCGCUACCAAUCCUUCCGCAACGAGUCCGAACUCGCCGCCGCCGUCCGCCAACGCCGCCCCACCAAAAUUGACAUUGGCGCCGUCUUCUCCCACGCCCCCCGGGACCGCGCCGUCGUCCCCACCCUCCGACCCGUCCAACGCGAACUCGUCUUCGACAUUGAUUUGACCGACUACGACGACGUGCGCGCCUGUGGUUGUACCGGCGCACGCAUUUGUCCCGUUUGUUGGGGAUUCAUGCGGACUGCCGUCGCCGUCAUGGAUACCGUGCUCCGUGACGAUUUCGGUUUCGGGCACGUGGCCUGGGUGUAUUCCGGACGACGGGGCAUACACGCUUGGGUCUGUGAUCCCGCCGCCCGGGAACUCACCGAUGCCGCACGAGCCGCCGUGGCGAGUUAUUGUGAAAUCCAACUGGGUUCGGACCAGAACCAGCAGGUCGUCUUGACCCAUCCGUUGCAUCCCGCCAUUCAGCGGGCGUUACAAGUUUUGGAGCCGUGGUUUGUGGAGCACGUGCUGCCGGCGCAAGGGCACGGCCUCUUGGCGACGCCCGCGGCCUGCGACGCCUUUCUCCAAACCAUCCCCGACGCCGCCGCCACCGUACGCGCCCAUUUGCAAACAUCCUGGGCCACACGCACACACGCACCCGCCGAAAAGUGGCGGGAAGUCCGGACCCAUUUCCAAAUAUUCUUGGAAAAAUCCGCCACGGCCAAAGUGCGCAAGACCAUGUCCUUGCCGGAACGGGAGCGACUCGAAACCUGGACCGCCGGUGUCGUCCUGCGGUACUCCUAUCCCCGACUCGAUAUUAACGUUUCCAAAAUGCGCAACCAUUUGCUCAAAUCGCCCUUUUGUGUACACCCCAAAACUGGACGCGUCUGUGUCCCCAUUGCCGAUUUCGAAACCUUUGAUCCCUUUGCCGUACCCACCCUGCCCCAACUCGUUCGCGAACUCGACGAAUACCAUUCCACCAAUGCUAGUACUAGUACUCCAACCUCCGACAGUACCACGCACCCACCGACAGCCGGACCGGAUUGGCAAAAAACGUCACUCCGGGCCUACCUCGAACCCUUCCAACGCAAUUUUCUCGAACCACUGGGUCGG